GGCCCAGGCUAAAGCGUCUCUUCGUCCGCUUUACUCAGUUAUCCCCCAGACUCAGUCGUGAGAUGUGUGACGGAGCGCCAGCAGGGGUACUUUAAACAUUUGUCAUCACCUGUGCUAUUGUUUAAGUGUGGAUAUAUGACUUGGUAAAGACAGUGCUCUAUAUACGUAUAUUUCGUGAAGGAAGUACCCGAGAAAGGAAUAAUUUUCCGUAUCCUGAAAAAUAGAAACGCGGCAACAGACAUCAUCAAGACUUCUGGCGGUGCUUCACAGGGACGGCGGAUUAAGAAUUUGAAGAAGGUGUCCAUGAUCCUGUUGUGGUGUCACUUCUUCCUAACACGCGCCCUCCUCCUGUCCCUAUGAGCUUCGAAGGCGAUGCUAGGUGAGUAAUGCUGGGGGAGAGUGUGGUGGUGAGCGGGGCAGGGGGCACAACGCUCCUUCGUCCACGCUCCGCAGACAACCUGAUCCGCUUGGCUCCUGCCACCUCCUUACCUGCCCUCGAUGACCUCGCUGAGUCUGAGGUGUUUGUUGGGGAUGAGGAUGAGGAUGUAGGAUUCAGUCAUGAACUCAGGCAAGUAGAGGAAGUGAAUUUACGACCAUCCACAAUGGAUCAGAUGCUCUCCCAUGGUUCAUCAUCAUCUGGUAAUAAUUGUGAUGCCACUUCAUCAGAUCUACUGUCUCCAACUGGUCCCACUCCCACAGCAAACCUAUUAAUCACCUACCAUGAUGAAGCUUUAAGGUUGCCACUAGAUGCUGUGAAGGAAGAGGUGGAAGCUGAAGCCCUUGAGGAAGCUAGUAUGAUAAUGUCUAGUGGGCCUGGAUCUCUUAGCCAUGUAUCUCUUACUUCAUCUGUUAUUUCUAAUAAUUCUCUGGAUGACAGCACACUGUCCUCCCGAACUGAUACCUUUGACACCGUGGUGGCUGUACCUUUCAGUGAUUCUUCUUCCCCACCGGAUGUUUCUAAUGCAAGUAGCCCAACUCCUACAAAAACCACGCCCACUCGUCCUUCCAACAGAGAUGCAACAAGAGUCUCGGGAACCCCUACUCGGACCUCUCCCACCUCCCCUCGUGGAUCAUCAGGUCGUAGUUCACCCCGCACAUCUACGGACUCUCCCCGCACACCAGAAAGAAGGCGCAAAAGUGCUACAUCAUCUCCAAGAAGUGAUAACAGUAGGGGAAGUACCCCAAGGGCAACAGCCAUGCGCACAACUCCACGUGGAGUAGAUAAAACCAAAGGUGAAGACAAGAAAACGCCAAGAGGUUCAGGGCGAAGUGGAAGUACGACUGCAGAACGAAAGCAUUGUGCACGAAUGCAGGAUUCUACCUUCAAACGGGACUCUGAUAAAACCUAUGGUCAUACUCGCAUCAAGGAUCACACAGAAGAUAGUAAGAGUAGCUUUUUUGGACGUAAGAAAAAACCAGAUGCCAAAGAUAAUAAUCAAGAUACUGAUUCUAAAUUUAAUACAAUAGGUCGAAAAAAGAAAGAAAAUAAAUCUGAGAAGGAAGAAGUUGCUGAAAAAUAUGGGACAUUGGGUAGACGUAGGAAGACAAAAGAGAGUGGUGACACCAAAGAUGAUUGCAAGGACAAAUUAUCAAAAGAUACUAAAAAUACUCUGGAUAUGUAUGCCACAUUACCCAGGCGAAAAGCCCGUGAAAUGAGUGCGAGGUGGCGGGAACAGAUGGCUGCAGAAGAAGAGGCAGCACGACCCUCCUUAAGACGUACUAAGUCAGUGGGUAAAUCAGAAACUAGCAGCAGUGUAACUCGAGGACGCGCCUCUGUUAUGACAUCAAGUAUGCCCUCGUCAUCCUUAACAGGCCUCGGUAGGUCACGAAGUCCUCGUACCAUCCAUCGUGAAGCUAAGUCUACCUCAACAACUUUUAAUGCACGCAAAGAAAGAACAAUCAUAUGCAUGGAAACUGGUGUACAAACUUCACUGACAGGUGGAGAUCUUGUGUCUGCUCUGAGAGCUUUGUCACGACAAAACUCUGUUGGUACUGAGGAAGAUCCUGAGGACGCAGCAGAGACGAGGCCACAUGUUUCAAUUAUAAGAGAGAUGAAGACACCAGAAGACCUGCCAGACAGACGACAUGUUGAAGUCCAGGUUGAGCUGGCGUGGCGCCUUGGUGAUGGGGAACUCCCAGAACACGUGCGGCGACUCACUGAGGAACACACCCGCCUCCAGACUGAACACUCCCGGGCUAGAUCCCGCCUUGAAGAGAUGGAAGGUAUUCGCGAGGAGAUGGAAAAGAUGAAGGCAAGACUGGAGGAAGAACGCUUGGAGAAAGAGGAAGUUCAAGGCGAGUUAGAUAGAACUUCACAACGAGUUAAAGAUAUGCUGAUCUCUAUGGAAGGAGUCGAACAUGAAUUCAACAGCAGAGGUGACAGCUUAAUGGAGUUGGAAUCUCAACUACAUCAUUCAGCAGAUAUACAUGUACAAAUGCAGGAAAGGCUCAACCAAUAUGAAGAAUUUGCUUUAAAGUACAAAAGGGACUUGGACAAGAGCGUUGCAGCUCAGAAGACGCUCCUGCAACAAGUUCAAGAUUUAGAGAAUGAUGGCCGAGAGAUGGCAGAUUUCAUGGCUGAAGAAAAGAAUGCUCUGGCAGAAUGCUUACGUGAAGCUGAGACUGAGCUUGUGAAAUUAAGAUCAGAAUGCAAGCGGCUAUCAGCUAAGAUCAAAGAAAAAGACGACGAAGCGAGGCAAAUGAUACGGUUAGCUGAGGAAAGGAGGAAUAAAUAUAUGAUUCUUCAGUCAGAGAUGAAUUCCAUGCAAUCUCGAACACGUGAUAUGAUGGUUUGCCAAGGAGCAGAAGUGUCUGGUGCAGCUGUAGCUCUUGCUAAUUUGUCCUCACGUUUGAACACCUUAAUUGGCAAGCUUGUACAAGAUUAUUCUAUAACUGAAACUGACCUUGAGAUGAUUGUCACUCCAAAUGAAUCGGACAGUAGUGCCUCCUCUACUAAUGGAACACCAGAGCACAAGUCUCCCUACAAGAUUUCUGUUCGAAGUCCUUCUCCUCGUAAAACUGCUUCAUUUAUAACUGCUCUCAUAAAUGCUAUGAGAUUGGGACCAAAAGGCAAAUUAAAUCAAUCUGGGGGUCUGUUGCCAUGCAAUGGCAAGAAACAGGAAACAGAAGGAAGGAAUUCUCCUGAAGGCUCAGAGAGCCAUGAGGUUGUGGAACAUGAUGGUAAUAGUGGACCCUCAAGUAGCAGCAGUGUUUCUCUAACAGACCAAGUAACAGAUGUAGAUAUUCUCCUCACACAGUUUCUCAAAGUUUGCUGUGUUCUGAAGAAUGAUACAGAUAAUCGUCUCAUGGAGAUUGAAGAUGAGAACGAUCGCCUCUGCAACCAGAUUCGGUCUCAGCAGCAAGUUAUUGACCAGCAGCAGGCUGAUUAUGAAAACUUGAAUCGUUCAGAAUCACGAGCCAAACGGGAGCUGAUGGUUGCUUCUCGAGAUUUGGAAAUAGCAAAUCAGAGCCUCAACAAAUUUUACCAAGCUGAUUACGAAUUACAAGUCAAGAAAUUGCAGGAUGAAGUUGAGCGUCUAGGAGCAACAAUACGUCACCUUGAGGUUUUGCACACUGAGAAAGAAAAACAAUUGGAAGAAUCUCUUUCUUCCUUGUCUGCUGCUCAGGGUCCUGCUCCACCCAACCAUGUCUCAGAGGCUACUCACCAGCAGGAGAUUGCCACCCUAAAUGAUAAGGUUACAUCCUUGCGGCAGAGUGUGAUUGAGCGCGAUAGGAGAGUUAAUGAGCUGAGUGAACGACAUUCACAAGAUCUUGCAACCGUCCGUGAGUGUCAAAUUGAAGCUCACCGAAGUAAUCGUCGCCUCACAACUACUGUUGACCAUGUUUUAAAGACUAUGGAGAGCAUCCCAGAUAUUGUCUCCAGUAACACGACCCUCAAACAGCUAUUUGCCACUCUUGCGGCAGCUGAAAAGUCCAACCAGCAGCAGCAGAAUGGGAACAUUAAUACUCAGAAUGGCUUUGGAAACACAGUCAACAAUAAAGACUUGAAUGCUAAUCCUCAGUCAAUUAUCGACUCUGGAAUAAACAACCAAAAAAUUUUAACCUCUAUAAAGGCAGAAACUCACCUUUAAAGUGCUUAUUUAUUAAACUACUCCAUAUAGCGUUGUCCCUUUGAAAGAAAAUGGCUUUAGUGUCUCUUCACCCGUGAAUGUGACCAGAAAAGCUUUAUUAGAAUAAAUAAGAUGCACUUAUUAAUCCAUAUAAAUGAGUUUGUUUUGUGUGCAUUGUGACAUUACGUGUCCAUUUAGAAAUGUAGUUUAGGAUGCCGAGAUAAUGCGACAUGUACAUUCCUGUGACAAUGUAUGAAAGACAUAGAUGAUUUCUUUUUACAUUUGACUUCUUCAACAACUAUAUCUAUAAAUGUCAACAAGUCUCUACUCUGCUAUUCAUGCAUAAUGUAUAUGUGCACACACAUUUUUCAGUAUCUGUGUAAUCCUAUUUAAACAAAAAAGCAGGUAACCAAUAUAGUGGGCUUACGAUCAGUCAUUACAUGAUUAUUCCUACCUGGCCUCAGUAUUUUAUGCUUUUAAUGUAACACCAAAGCUUUCUCUUAUAGAUGUUGAUUAAAAGCUUGAAACAUGAGUGACAUUAGAUCUAUUAUAACUCUUGGCUCCCUGGGAAUUAUAUUACUGUACUGUAUUUCAAAUAAUACAGUACUGUACUUAAUAGGUUUGACAUGUACAGCAAUACUGUAUAAUAAAUACAUUUUAGUUUUCAGUUUCAAAGGCAAGAGAAAUUUCACAGCAAAGAUUUAGCUAAUCCAAAACUUUAGGUAAGAUGUCAGCACAUUAUGCCAAAAUAACCUGGGAAGGAAUCUGAAGUAUUAAAGUAAAAAAAAAAAAAAAACUGUUUGCAGUGCACAUUAAUUUAUUGACAUGAACUCCACAUUUCAGUGUAAUUAUGCAUGAAAUUUUAUACCUUCAUCCAGCUAAUAAUAGGAUAUUUAAGCCUUGAACAGCAUGACUCUGUACUCUAAAAUGCAUACAUAAGAAUAUUAGUAACCAUAAUGCCUGCAUCAUAUAACUUGCCUCGACAGCAACCAGUAACAUGAUAAAACACUGGUAAGGUGACAGAUGCCCUCAUCUACCUAAAACAUGCAGAGCACCAUUGUAUUUAUUAGUUUGGUCUUCUAAGAGUAUCUAUCUAUGGUAGCCGGGGCAUAUACAGUAUGUUAAUCGUGUGUUAUAGCAGCACAACUGUCAACCAAAGUCUUGUAUUCUAGCUAACUAAGCUGAAGCAUUUUGUUUUAACAGUUGCUUCAAUAUAUUAUUCUUAGUCUGUGAUGGAUCGAGGAUUGAUAUUAUCUUUUUUGAGCAGUUGUUUUAGGCUGUUUCUGGAUGAAAUUUAGACUUUGGAAAGGAAUUAUAUUUCCAAAGCCUUUACUUUUGUGAAUAUUUUUUAUGAAUGUAUUAAAAUAUUUUCUCUAUUUUUUUCUUGAUCAGUAAUUAUUUUACUGUAGAUUUUUUAUUAAAUCUAUUGAGAUUGCCUAUUGUAAAUAAAUAAUGAGACAUUAGUGUGAUUGAAAAUAUUAGACGAGGACUUUUCUUUCUUUUUUUCCAAUACAGUACAGUAUAGAUUAGUUUUAUUGAUCUCGUUUUGGUUUUGUUUGGCCCAAUUGCCAGCCUUGUAUUUUGUACUUAGAAUUUAAUAAAGAAAUUUAAGUAGG